AAACAAAAAUCUGGCAACCGGUGUAACAAAAAAAACUAGGCUGUGCUUCAUCGUUGUACUUCAGAAGAAAUUUGUUGUAGUCACUUUAUCAAAAUUUAUAGAAAAAUCGUCUACGAAGCUUACCGCAUCUCAACAUGUCUGAGGGUUGUGUUGUAAGGCUUCGUGGUCUACCUUGGUCAACUAAACCAGAUGAAAUUUUGCACUUCCUAAGAGAAUGUACCAUAGCUGGGGGUGAAGAAGGAAUCCAUUUUACAUAUUCAAGAGAAGGCAGGCCUAGUGGUGAAGCUUUUGUUGAACUCGAAUCAGAAGAUGAUGUAAGAAAUGCCCUUGCACAAAACAAUGAACAUAUUGGUAACAGAUACAUCGAGGUUUUCAGGGUAGAUAGAUCUGAAAUGGAAUGGAUGAUUAAAAGAGCUGGUGCCAGUGUUGCAGGAGGAAUGGCUGAAGCUGUUGUUAAACUUCGUGGUUUGCCAUUUGGUUGCUCAAAAGAGGAAAUAGCACAAUUUUUUACAGGGUUGGAGAUAGUUCCAAAUGGAAUUAUGCUCCCUGAAGAUCGUCAGGGGAGGAGCACAGGGGAGGCAUUUGUACAAUUUGCAUCAUCGUCAAUAGCAGAGAGGGCUUUGGAAAAACACAAAGAAAGGAUAGGUCACAGGUACAUUGAAAUUUUUAAAAGCAGCAUGUCUGAGGCUAAUGCAGCAGGUGGCGUGCGUGCUGGUAUUCGUCCACUUAUGGCUGGUGGUAUGCCAGCUCGGCCUGGGCCAUAUGAUAGGGGAGACAGAUUUGGUAUGGGUGGCAUGGGAAUGGGUGGCAUGGGAUAUGGACGAGGAAGGAAUCGCAAUUUGAAAGGUCUUUAUGAUGAUGAUUUUGAUGAUUAUGGAUUUGGAGGUGGAAUGGGAUUUGGUAUGCGUAAUCGUCGUGGGGGAAUGGCUAUGAUGAGGAAUAACAGACAAAUGAACAUGGAUUUUAUGGAGCGUCGUAGUAUGCAGCCUGGGUCCUGUUACAUCAGUAAAACUGGUCAUUCUGUACAUAUGAGGGGUCUGCCUUUUCAGGCUCUGGAACAAGAUGUUUUUGAUUUUUUUUCACCAAUCCAACCUGUACGUUGUGAGUUUGAGUUUGGAGAUAAUGGAAGACCUACUGGGGAGGCAAAUGUGGAUUUUGCCACACACCAAGAGGCUGUAGAGGCCAUGAAAAAACACAAAUCUAAUAUGCAGCAUCGCUAUAUUGAACUGUUUUUAAAUUCUGAGCCGAACAUGCGAAGUGGAGGCAAUGGAGGCUAUGGUAAUGGCUUGGGCAGUGGGUUUGCAGCAGGAAACUUGGGAUCAGGGAAUGGCUACAAUGAUGACAUUGGCUUUGGUGCAAAUGGAAACUCAAACUCUAGUUUUAAUGGAGGUUAUAGUGGAGGGCAAUCUUCAUUUGGUGGAAACCAGGGUGGAUUCAGCAACCAAAGUGGUGGUGGCUUUGGAAAUGGAAAUGGAUUUGGAGGUGGCAGCUUCGGAAGUGGAGGAUCAAUGAGCAAUUAUGACAUGGCUGGAGGUUAUGGCGAUGGAAUGAGCACUGGAGGCGGAGUUUUCCUUCAACAAGCGUGUGGUUGGCUUUUAUCUGGACAGCGACAAAUACGUUUACGUAAAGUUGCAAUGUCUAAAGACCAAGGUUAUGUAGUGAGACUCAGGGGCCUUCCAUGGUCCACAAAAGCAGAAGAAGUUGUUCAUUUUUUAAGAGAAUGUGAAAUUGUUGGUGGGGACAAAGGUGUUCACUUUACUUAUUCAAGAGAAGGACGUCCAAGUGGAGAGGCUUUUGUUGAACUUGCUUCAGAAGAUGAUGUUACAAAUGCUCUGGCUCAAAAUAAUGAGCAUAUUGGAAACAGAUAUAUUGAAGUUUUCAGAGUAGACAGAUCAGAAAUGGAGUGGAUGAUCAAACGAGCAGGGGCUGGAGUCUCACAAAAUCAAGGGAUGUCAGAUGCUGUUGUCAAACUUAGGGGCUUACCCUUUGGUUGCUCCAAGGAGGAAAUUGCUCAAUUUUUUACUGGGUUGGAGAUAGUUCCAAAUGGAAUUAUGCUCCCUGAAGAUCGUCAGGGGAGGAGCACAGGGGAGGCAUUUGUACAAUUUGCAUCAUCGUCAAUAGCAGAGAGGGCUUUGGAAAAACACAAAGAAAGGAUAGGUCACAGAUACAUCGAGAUCUUCAAAAGUAGCAUGUCAGAAGCCAAUGCUGCUGGUGGAAUGAUUCGAGGAAUUCGCCCUCUAAUGGCUGGAGGCAUGCCAAUGAGACCAGGACCUUAUGACAGGGGAGACAGAUUCGGAAUGGGCAUGGGCAUGAUGGGAAUGUCCUAUGGAAGAGGGAGAGGCAGAAAUUUAAAGGGUUUCUUUGAAGAUGACUAUGAUGAUUUUAAUUUUGGAGGGGGCAUGGGAUUUGGAAUGCGAAACAGACGUGCUGCUGGUGGAUUUUUUGAGGAUGACUAUGAUGAUUUUGGCUUUAAUGGUGGUAUGGGGUUCGGCAUGCGUAAUCGUCGUGGAGGUUUAGGACCCAUUAGAGGGGGAGGAGGAGGCGGAGGUGGUAGAGGCAUGGAUAUGGGAAUGGCAGAACGCCGUGGAAUGCAACCAGGAGCUUGCUAUGUCAGCAAAACAGGACACUCCGUUCACAUGAGAGGCCUCCCUUUUCAAGCUUUGGAGCAGGAUGUUUUUGAUUUUUUUUCACCAAUCCAACCUGUACGUUGUGAGUUUGAGUUUGGAGAUAAUGGAAGACCUACUGGGGAGGCAAAUGUGGAUUUUGCCACACACCAAGAGGCUGUAGAGGCCAUGAAAAAACACAAAUCUAAUAUGCAACACAGAUACAUAGAGUUGUUCCUGAACUCUGAACAGAAUAUUCGUAGUUCUGGAGGUGGUGGUGGUUAUGGCAACAAUAUGGCUGGGGGCUUUGGUGGUGGAAACAUGGGAUCUGGAAACGGCUACAAUGAUGACAUGAGUGGUUCAGGUUUUGGCCAUGGAUUAGGGUCAGGGUUUGCUGGAAAUAGUGGCAACUAUGGCAGCGGACUAGGAAAUCAGUCAAAUUAUGGGGGCAAUCAAGGAGGAUCUGGUUUUGGAAAUCAAGGAGGAUCUGGUUUCGGAACUGGAGGUAGAGGAAUGAACAACUAUGAAAUGGGAGGUGGAGGUUAUGGAGAUGGGAUGAUGGGAGGUGGCAGUGGUGGAAUGAUGGGAAACAACUACACUGCAUUUUGAUCACCUAUUGGAAACAUGUCUGUCUAUCUGUGGAGAUUGAAUGGAGAAUGUUGUUCACUUCCUUGGUAUCAUUCUUGAAAACUUCUGAUGAAUUCCACAUUUUGUGUCUGAGACAUAAUGUCAUACCAGCAGCGGUACUGAGUUAGGUACAGCAAGUCUGUAUAGUUUUUAAAGAUCACCACAUUGAGCGCUCAUCCACAGAAAUGUGUAUAUGCAUCUUUUUUACCAUUUGUAUAUACUUCAUGGAAUAAACUU